UUAAGCGGCGAGUUGAGGCCAAGGAAAGCCACACCAUCCGACGGCGAGUUGCAGCCAUGGCGGCAGCGAAUAUUGCUCCGGUCCUUCUGAUUUCCCUCAUUGCCGCUGCUCUUGCAGGUGGCGCUUUGGCCGACGGUACUGCCAGCCCUUCAGUGGAGCCAAGUCACAGUACGGUUCCGUUCAACCGGAGCAGUUUUCCGGCGGGGUUUGUGUUCGGAGCUGGCUCCGCUGCUUAUCAGUUGGAAGGAGCGGCACAUACGGAUGGAAGAGGUCCUAGUAUCUGGGAUACCUUCACUAAGGAUCACCCAGAAAAAAUAUGGGAUCAUAGCAGUGGAGAUGUGGCUACCGACUUCUACCAUCGUUAUAAGGACGAUGUAAAAAUAAUGAAAAUGCUUGGGUUGGACUCUUUCAGAUUCUCCCUCUCCUGGUCUAGGAUCCUGCCAAAGGGAAAACUUAGUGGAGGAGUGAAUCCACUCGGCGUCAAAUUCUACAAUAAUCUCAUCAACGAGCUCCUCGCCAAUGGAAUUAUUCCAUAUGUCACUCUCUUUCACUGGGAUCUCCCUCAAACACUUGAAGACGAGUAUGGAGGAUUUUUAAGUCCCAAAGUCGUGGAUGAUUAUCGAGACUACGUGGACUUGUGCUUCAAAUUAUUCGGAGAUCGGGUCAAGUAUUGGGUAACCCUAAACGAACCACUUUCGUAUAGCAAUAACGGUUACAACACCGGCACCUUCGCUCCCGGCCGAUGUUCCAACUACGUCGGAAACUGUACCGCCGGCAACUCCGCCACCGAGCCCUACAUCGUCUCCCACCAUCUCAUCCUCUCUCAUGCCGCCGCCGUCGAAGUCUACAAGAAAAAGUACCAGGCGAAGCAGAAGGGGCAGAUUGGAGUCACAUUGGUUACUCACUGGUUUAGGCCCAAACGCAACACGGCAGCUUCGAAAAGGGCGGCAUCUCGAGUUCUUGAUUUCUUCUUGGGAUGGUAUCUGCAUCCAAUUACUUAUGGUGACUACCCCAAGUCGAUGCGCCAGUACGUGGGAGAUAGGCUGCCGAAAUUCUCAGCUGCUGAGGCGAGAAUCGUGAAAGGAUCGUUCGAUUUUGUUGGAAUUAAUUACUACACUGGGAAUUUCGUCGACGAUGUGCCUUUCUCGAAUUCGCCCAAUAAAAGCUACAGUUCUGAUAUGCACGCCACACUCUCCACGGAAAGAGAUGGUGUUCUAAUUGGACCAGCGACUGGUUUGAACUGGCUUUACAUCUACCCAGACGGCAUUCGUCUACUCAUGAAAUACAUAAAAGAGGAGUACAAAAACCCACCCAUUUACAUUACUGAAAAUGGAAUGGCUUUUUCAGACAAUAGCUCACAGCCAAUCAAGGAAGCUUUGAAAGAUGGAACAAGGAUCAGAUACCACCAUACCCAUCUCGCCUCUCUUCUCCAAGCUAUAAAGGAAGGAGUGAAUGUGAAGGGAUACUAUGCAUGGACAUUGUUGGACGACUUUGAAUGGGAUGCGGGCUAUACGGUGCGUUUCGGGCUUGUCUACAUUGAUUUCAGGCACAAACUGGGAAGAUACCUCAAGUAUUCUGCAUACUGGUUGAAGAGGUUCCUUCUCCAUUGAUCUCUGCAAUUAAAAGAAUGUCUCCCACUUUGCCGGAGCUUCUAUGGAAGCACAGAAGAUUAAUAAGAGGGUGAAGUGGGUGGAAUAAUAAAGGUCUGUGCUCUGUUUUUGUUUGUGGGAAUUGAAACCCAGUUGAAUGUAGAAGUGUUUAUGAAUCGAGUUGAGUCUGUUCGAACUUCGAACCGAUCAAUUUGGUUAAGUUUUAAAUAAUUAAAAGAAAAAAAAAAGGUUUAAAUUUCAUUUUAGUAUUUUCUUUUAUGUUUAUUUUGAUUUGUUACAUUAUCCAGAUAAUGCGUAACUGGCGUACUAGUACAAUUAUGUCUAAGAGACAAACAAGUUGGCUGACGUGUGGGUCAGCGAAUGGAUAGUAAGAGCUAAAAUAGAUCAAAAUAUUUGAUUA